AUGGUCCUGGGCGCCCACACCCUGCUGCCCGGGGCGUUGGGGGAGCGACGGGACGGGGACGAGGGCUCAGCCCUGCUGCCCGGGGCGUCGGGGGAGCAACGGGACGGGACGGGACGGGGACGAGGGCCCGGCCCUGCUGCCCGGGGCGUCGGGGGAGGGACGGGACGGGGACGAGGGCCCGGCCCUGCUGCCCGGGGCGUCGGGGGAGCGACGGGACGGGACGGGGACGAGGGCUCAGCCCUGCUGCCCGGGCGCCGGGGAGCAAUGGGACGGACGGGACGAGGGCCCAGCCCUGCUGCCCGGGCGCCGGGGAGCGACGGGACGGACGGGACGAGGCUCAGCCCUGCUGCCCGGGCGCCGGGGAGCGGCGGGACGGACGGGACGAGGGCCCGCCCUGCUGCCUGGGGCGCCGGGGAGCGACGGACGGACGGGACGAGGCCCGCCCUGCUGCCCGGGCGCCGGGGAGCGACGGGACGGGACGGGGACGAGGGCACGGCCCUGCGGCCCGGGGCGUCGGGGGAGCGACGGGACGGGACGGGGACGAGGGCCCGGCCCUGCUGCCCGGGGCGUCGGGGGAGCGACGGGACGGGGACGAGGGCCCGGCCCUGCUGCCCGGGGCGUCGGGGGAGCGACGGGACGGGGACGAGGGCCCGGCCCUGCUGCCCGGGGCGUCGGGGGAGCGACGGGACGGGACGGGGACGAGGGCCCGGCCCUGCUGCCCGGGGCGUUGGGGGAGCGAUGGGACGGGGACGAGGGCCUGGCCCUGCUGCCCAGGGCAUCGGGGGAGCGACGGGACGGGACGAGGCCCGCCCUGCUGCCCGGGCGCCGGGGAGCGGCGGACGGACGGGACGAGGCCCGCCCUGCUGCCCGGGCGCCAGGGGAGCGACGGAUGGGACGGGACGAGGCCCGCCCUGCUGCCCGGGCGCCGGGGAGCGACGGGAUGGGACGGGACGAGGCCCGCCCUGCUGCCCGGGCGCCGGGGAGCGACGGAUGGGACGGGACGAGGCCCGCCCUGCUGCCCGGGCGCCGGGGAGCGACGGACGGGACGAGGGCUCGCCCUGCUGCCCGGGAGUCGGGGAGCGACGGGAUGGGACGGGACGAGGCCCGCCCUGCUGCCCGGGAGUCGGGGAGCGACGGACGGACGGGACGAGGGCCCGCCCUGCUGCCCGGGCGCCGGGGAGCGGCGGGACGGGGACGACGGCUCGGCCCUGCUGCCCGGGGCGUCGGGGGAGCGACGGGACGGGACGGGGACAAGGGCCCGGCCCUGCUGCCUGGGGCGUCGGGGGAGCGAUGGGAGAGGGACGGGGACGAGGGCCCGGCCCUGCUGCCUGGGGCGUCGGGGGAGCGACGGGACAGGACGGGGACGAGGGCCCGGCCCUGCUGCCCGGGCGCCGGGGAGCGACGGGGACGGGACGAGGCCCGCCCUGCUGCCCGGGCGUCGUGGGAGGGACGGGACGGGGACGAGGGCCCGGCCCUGCUGCCCGGGGCGUCGGGGGAGCGACGGGCCGGGACGGGGACGAGGGCCCGGCCCUGCUGCCCGGGCGCCGGGGAGCGGCGGACGGGGACGAGGCCCGCCCUGCUGCCCGGGCGUUGGGGGAGCCGGCGGGACGGGACGAGGGCCCGCCCUGCUGCCCAGGCAUCGGGGAGCGACGGACGGACGGGGACGAGGCCCGCCCUGCUGCCCGGGCGCCGGGGAGCGGCGGGACGGGGACGAGGCCCGCCCUGCUGCCCGGGCGCCGGGAGCGACGGACGGGACGAGGGCUCGCCCUGCUGCCCGGGAGUCGGGGAGCGACGGACGGACGGGACGAGGGCCCGCCCUGCUGCCCGGGCGCCGGGGAGCGACGGACGGGACGAGGCCCGCCCUGCUGCCCGGGAGUCGGGGAGCGACGGACGGACGGGGACGAGGGCCCGCCCUGCUGCCCGGGCGCCGGGGAGCGACGGACGGGACGAGGCCCGCCCUGCUGCCCGGGCGCCGGGGAGCGGCGGACGGGGACGAGGCCCGCCCUGCUGCCCGGGCGCCGGGGAGCGACGGACGGACGGGACGAGGGCCCGCCCUGCUGCCUGGGGCGCCGGGGAGCGGCGGACGGGGACGAGGGCCCGGCCCUGCUGCCCGGGGCGUCGGGGAGCGAUGGGACGGGGACGAGGGCCCGGCCCUGCUGCCCGGGCGCCGGGGAGCGGCGGACGGGACGAGGGCCCGCCCUGCUGCCCGGGCGCCGGGGAGCGGACGGGACGGGGACGAGGCCCGCCCUGCUGCCCGGGCGCCGGGGAGCGGCGGGACGGGACGAGGGCCCGCCCUGCUGCCCGGGCGCCGGGGAGCGGCGGGACGGGACGAGGGCCCGCCCUGCUGCCCGGGCGCCGGGGAGCGACGGGACGGGGACGAGGGCCCGGCCCUGCUGCCCGGGGCGUCGGGGGAGCGAUGGGACGGGGACGAGGGCCCGGCCCUGCUGCCCGGGGCGUCGGGGGAGCCAUGUGGUACUGGCUGUGAGGGGCUCAGACGCUGCAGGGAGGGGCUCUGGCAGUGCCGUACCUUAG